AUUUCCCCCUUUUUCAUCAGCUUACCAGAACGAUUACGAUAUGUCGUCGAUUGGUGAUCUCCUUGUCCGCCGCGGGGCGGAGAUGAUUUCCGCGCGGCUUCAGUCUCGUCAAGAGCCAGAGCUGAUCCAUGGUUGGCUGGGCCUCGCGAUCCUCAUUUUGACGGGGUUUGCGUUUGUUUUUAUGAUAUUCUGGGUCGAGUACACGUGCACCCAUGUGAUUGCCGCUCUGGCCGCUGUUGAAGUCUCCGACCCCCACGCCUAUAUUCGCCUCGACAGCGAAAACACCCCAGACAAUAGUCUCGGGGAAGAGUCCAAACCCAUUACUAGCGGGCUUCGUUCAGCCGUCAAACACCUCCGCGCCCGCGGUGGGGGCAGCAUCUGGUCGACCUUCCGAGCAUUCCGCAUGUUUCUCGCAUUCACGGGCUUCAAGAUGGUCGUCGGUGUUGUAGUCGGGGCAUUGGGUGCCACUGCUAUCCCGAUCGACUCCGUGAUCCCGUCAAUGCUAAGCCAAUUCGUCUCAAGCAUGCUCUCGGCAACCUGGCAGAUGGCCUGGGUGCACCUCGUCAUCGCGGAUAAAUCGCCUCGGAGCUCCUACCGCCGCAAACUGGGGCUGCAUCACUGGCCGAGAAUUGCACCCGCAGCGGCGCUGUAUAGUGGCCUGAUGUGUGUUACCUUCUCGCUGCCAGCGCAUGCUGCUGCGCGGCUCGCAGCUUCGACGUUCCUGGACACGGACGAGUAUACCAAGGGGAUCCUCAAUUUCAUCCUUCCGGGGGUCCUCCCGGCUCUGUUGAUGUUCUUUGUUACCCUCCCGGCCAAGGCUGUUUUUGUCCGUGUGGCCGCUUCGAUGCUCCCCGAGGAGGAUGAGCCGAUUGUCCCCUUCGACCGCGCAUUCGGAGGCAAGGUGCGUGCUACCGGGGAGUUGGGGCUUCUGGAUGCUUGGAAGUCUUUUGGCUGGGCGGCGCGAAAGCGCUAUCUUGUGAUUAUUGUCAAGGCUCUUGCUAUCGAGGCUGCGUUGUGUCUUGUCGCGGUUUUGCUGGUUAUGGGUGAGAUGGCUAUCGUGAUCCGCACCGGUCCUCCGCCGCUCUGAGUCUUGUCAAGUUGCUAUUUCGGGUCUCACUGAGCUUUUGGAGCUUAUUGUGCUUCACGUCAGCAUCUGGGAUGCACGGAAGCGGCUGGCGGUCUUCUGGUGGCUCAAGAUAGGAUGGAGUGACAGGCGUUGGCUCAUGGGCAAUCCGAAGCAUAUAGACCUGCCUAAAAGGACCAAGUUUGGAAGACUUUACAUUUUAUGAUACAGGUUCCGGGGCAUAUAUCCGUUAUACAACACUCUUACAAAGAUGAAACUUGUCUCGUGAUGUCUGAAAUGGCGAAAUGGCGGAAUUUACACCCAAGCCCUAGUCAUAUUCAUCCCUCAUGCACCUUGCACAACCCGAGAUUCUAGGGAACCGAAACUUGAAACUGCACAAGGAAUAGAAUCUGCUAGUGCUGAUGAGGCAUGCUGGUCCUCUGUAGCUGGGUUAAAGAAAGUGUCGAGUCGCCAUAAAAAUGGCAGCAUCAUCAUAAAGGACAGACUCGAGAUCCUAUCUACAUAGAGUGCUCAGGCGCUCAAGGACUAGCUUCAGGCCUAAACCCUAAGGCCGCUUGUUGGUGUGAUUGCGAUGCCGGAAAUCCCGGCAGACAAGAAAGCUUGAAGAGUUGCGCUACCUUGCUAAAGCUUGAUUCCUGGUGUUUUGUUUAGUGAUGCUUUGCUCUGUCUACUGAGGGACCACUAUCGCUGGAUUGGCGGUGAACUAGCUUGACACUGAUGAAAGAGACUUGUACACACCUUAAGUACUAUAGUCUAAGACACUAAGCUAGGGUUCGGCAACAAAGAAAAAGGGACUCAUCUUGGUAAGAAGCCUAGCAAUAAUGGAG